GUCAGGUCGUCUGGAGCUCAAGUGGACUGACUUGGACAACUGGGCCUGGGUGCACAUAAGUGAGGUCGGCCGGUGGUGACGGAGAUGCGCUGUGCGUUACAGAAGAGGAACUGGCUGGAGAAGACGAGGACAUGUCGUCCUUCCCAUGCGCCCAGGAGGGCCGGCCGGGGCCCCACUGCAGCCGCUGCCAGAAGAACCUGUCUUUGCACACAUCGGUGCGAAUUCUUUACCUCUUCCUAGCCCUGCUCCUGGUGGCCGUGGCCGUGCUGGCCUCCCUGGUUUUCAGGAAAGUGGACUCUCUCUCAGAAGACAUCUCCUUGGCCCAGUCCAUUUAUGACAAGAAGCUGGUGUCAAUGCAGGAAAAUCUCCAAGGGCUGGAUCCGAAAGCCCUGAACAACUGCUCUUUCUGCCAUGAGGCUGGGCAACUGGGGCAAGAGAUCAGGAAACUGCAAGAGGAGCUGGAAGGAAUUCAGAAGAUGCUUCUGGCCCAGGAGGUCCAGCUAGACCAGACCUCUCAGGCCCAUGAACUGCUCUCCACCACCAACAGUCAGAUCUCUCAGGAGAUGGGAAGCUGCUCCUUUUCCAUCCAUCAGGUCAACCAGUCUCUGGGGCUCUUUCUGGCCCAGAUGAGAGGUUGGCAGGCCACCACUACUGGCCUGGACCUCUCUCUGAAGGACCUCACCCAGGAGUGCUAUGAUGUUAAGGCUGCAGUGCACCAAAUCAACUUCACAGUGGGGCAGACUUCAGAGUGGAUUCACGGGAUCCAGAGGAAGACAGAUGAGGAGACCCUGACCCUCCAGAAGAUUGUCACUGACUGGCAGAACUACACUCGACUCUUCAGUAACCUACGUGCCACCUCAACCAAGACUGGAGAAGCGGUCAAGAGCAUCCAGGCCACCCUGGGAGCCUCCUCACAGCGCAUCAGCCAGAAUUCUGAGAGCAUGCAUGACCUGGUGCUGCAGGCCAUGGGCUUGCAGCUGCAGCUGGAUAACAUCUCAUCCUUUCUGGAUGACCAUGAGGAGAACAUGCAUGACCUUCAGUACCACACCCGCUAUGCCCAAAACCGCACAGUGGAGAGGUUCGAGUCACUAGAAGGACGUAUGGCUUCUCAUGAGAUUGAAAUCAGCACCAUCUUCACCAACAUCAAUGCCACCGACAGCCACGUACACAGCAUGCUCAAGUACCUGGAUGAUGUGCGGCUCUCCUGCACCCUGGGCUUUCACACCCACGCAGAGGAGCUCUACUACCUUAACAAGUCUGUCUCCCUCAUGCUGGGCACCACAGACCUACUCCGAGAGCGCUUCAGCCUACUCAGCGCCAGGCUGGACUUCAACGUCCGCAACCUCUCCAUGAUCGUGGAGGAGAUGAAGGCUGUGGACACGCAUCACGGAGAAAUACUUCGCAAUGUCACCAUCCUCCGAGGUGCCCCCGGCCCUCCAGGACCACGAGGACCCAAAGGAGACAUGGGCGUGAAAGGGUCUGUUGGCAACAGAGGACCAAAAGGAGACCCUGGCAGCUUGGGCCCCCCGGGACCCCAGGGUCCUCAGGGCCAGCCUGGGGAGGCCGGACCUAUGGGAGAAAGGGGUCCUGUUGGACCGCGAGGCUUCCCAGGCCUCAAAGGCUCAAAGGGCAGCUUUGGAACUGGAGGGCCAAGGGGACAGCCAGGCCCCAAAGGGGAUGUGGGACCUCCAGGGCCUGAGGGGCCCCCAGGGUCUCCAGGGCCCCCAGGGCCUCAGGGAAAACCAGGGAUUGCAGGGAAAACAGGGUCCCCAGGCCAGCGAGGGGCCAUGGGACUUAAGGGCGAACCAGGGAUUCAGGGUCCGCCUGGCCUGCCUGGGCCCCCAGGCCCACCAGGAAGCCAGAGCCCCUACUGAGCCCUGGCCAGGACACUGCCACACAGACUGCUGGAAGUGGGCUCAGAGUGGCCGGAGCAUCUGAAAGUCUCACCUGCAGACAACCGUCACCUCCAGGCUUUGGUUCUGAUGGGGGUUCCCAGGGCUGAUCCUGAAGCUUUGGGCUC